AUUCAUGAACCAUUCAGCGACUUGACUUGUCCUCGAUCGCGUCUCUAGCAUAAAUUACCUGAAUCUCCCACCUUACCCUAAACUCAAUGUCUACAUCUCACUCCCGACGACGAUCGCACUCUCAUGCUCACUCGCUCUCUCCCGAAGCGAGACGUCCUCGAUCACCAUCUCCGGGAAAGCCUUGUUCGACCUUCCAUCCAUCGCUCCUACCCGUACCUACACCAUCCUUGGUAUCAUCUGCAGCUAGUGGCGCGCGCUAUACUGGCGGCAAAGUGCACUCUAGCCACCGACGCUCGAUUAGCCACGACCAUUCAGAGGUCCACACAGAACUGCACGCCGACCAUGAGCGUGUCCUGCAUGAUCUGAAGGAGCUUUACUCUGGGAGACCCUCACCAGAGAUAUUUGAGCGCUCGUGGCAUCCGCUGGCUAUAUUCGAGGACCCCUACUCGAAAUGUAAAGGAAUCACAGAAAUCGCUGCGCAGUGGUACGCGAUGACCAAGUUCCUCUCUAACGCAGAAAUCAUUUCGGCCCGUGUCAUGUCCUCUACCAGGCAUCCGAACCGUCUCGUGUUCGCGCAGACAGUCGCGUACACGUAUCGAUAUGUGGGCACGACAAAGACCGUCUCGUCGAUCGUUAUCGUGGACCUUGACGACAAGGAUCGCGUUAUACGUCUCGUCGACCAGUGGGACGGCGAAGCGCCGCCUACGCACUACGGCGCAGAGCUGCUGCGCCGUGGAUUUGGCAAGCUGGGGCCCUGGCUCUUCCGUGUUCCGAAGUUGCAAGUACAGCAUUGAAUUUGCCGCAAAUCGUAUUCCCUGCGGACUUUGGACGGAUAGCCGUGGUGUUGUAGUCCUUACCCUAUGAUCCAUUCUCUGACUGCGCAGUACGUGUAAUAAUCUCUGACUUUGUGGUGCUGUUACUGUAUCUACCGUGUAUACUUACUGGAAUAACGACCUCUUCAGCCUUGUCA